AUGGACCCCGCCGUCCACCGCCGUAUCGAGCUCCAAUCUCCCGAGGACCUAACCUACCUCAUCAACAACGUACGGCGCGCCGCCGCAGACAGCAUCAACGCCGCCUUCCCUCCGGUCGAGGGUACCGCUGCAGAUGAAGACGAACUCAGGUCACAGAUUGAACAGCUUGUCGAAGACUACAUCCGCCGCACCUUCACCCUAGCCUUCCCCAACCUCUCCAUCAACGGUCUUCCUAUCACCAACCCCUCCGUCUACCUCUCCCCGUCCCCCGGUGGUCCCUCAGACCCCAACGAACCCCUCUACGAAUACGAACCCUUCGAUUCCUCCAAACGCGAGCGUAUCGAGUCCCUCAUUGCGCAAGAAGAGGACCUCCUUCGCACCAUCGCCUCCCUGAAACGUCGCGCGCCCCAGGCGGCGUCCGCCCGCUGGGCGGAGGCAUCGUUGGCAGGGAUUCAGGGCGAUGAGGAGUUGAGUAGAAAGGUGUGUGAGCGGGUUGAGAGGGAGGGGGAGCAGGCAGGGAGGAAGGUGUUGGAAGGGUUGGGGGAGCUGGAGAGGCAGGUGGAGGUGGAAGGGAGGUAUCGCGAGGCGGUUGAGACGCUAGGAAGGUUGAAGAGGGAGAUGGGGAAUGCGGUGGCCAAGAUGGAGAGGGCGAGGGUUGCAGCCGGGUAUGUUACAGGCGAGGGGAAGGGGGGGAAGUAA